CGUAUAGUAUAGAGGUAUACCAGUACAGUUUUUAUUUUGUCACAAAUAGAGAUGAUUUUAAUGAAAUCGAUUUUGCCGCAAAUUCAAAUUCCCCAUCAUAUGAGGCGAAUAUCUCCUACAACGAAAAUCUUCUAGUGAUUUGCGAGAUCCGAUCCACACACUAUCUUAUCUUCACUUCACCUAUGAAGAAUGGGAUUGGAUGAAUGCACCUCAGCCACAAUUUCGAGAUUAUUGUCGGUGGAUGAAGCGAUCCAUUUUGCGUAGAAAUCCUAUCAUGUUUGGUAUUUUUCUUCGAUAUAUGGACUAUGAAGAUUAUGAUCAUAUUGUACCGGCUAUUGGGAUUCGAUACAAAACGGAAAAUGAGUUUGAUCCAGAAGAUGUUAUCAUCUAUUAUGAUUUAUAUAAAAAGAAAGUUUUUGAAGGAAUUCUGAAUGAAAAUAAGAUGGGAUCAACUAGAGAGUUCACUCGUGCGAAGAAAUAUGCAGGUAAUGCAUGGAUACCACUAGAUAUUGAUUACGGAAUUGCGAUAACUGGAAUCCUUGAUGAAAAUCAAGUGACAUUACCUGUUCGUCUGUCAGUUUCAGCCUGGAACGAACCUAAUCCGGCCUUUCAUGAAGAUCCAAUAGAAAUGGAUGGCACGGUCAGUGUACAAUUUGACUAUUGGCAACACUUAUAUUCUGCUUCGCUAUUCAUCCCAUAG